GACACUGAUCUAUUUAAAACAGAAGAAAAUUUUGGCCAUCAAACGUUGUGUUUAAAAAGGUUAUUUUUUUGUUGAGCAUUUAAUUUUUAAAUAAUGAAAAUAUGACUAAUUGUAUAGAUGAAGAUUUAUUUGGAGAUCCAAAAUUCUAUAAAAAACCGAUUAAGGAUAUCGAAGAAAAAUGGAAACUAGUACCUGCUUUUCUAAAAAUUAGAGGUUUGGUAAAACAACAUAUAGAUUCUUUUAAUUACUUUAUUGCAGUUGAAAUUAAAAAAAUAGUUGAAGCUAACAAUAAGGUAGUUUGUGAUGCCGAUCCUCUGUUUUAUAUAAAGUAUACCAAUGUUCAAGUAGGGUCACCCGAUGUGGAUGAAGGUUUUAAUAUAAGUAAACCUACUACCCCACAUGAAUGUAGACUGAGAGACAUGACUUACUCGGCUCCUAUAACAGUAGAUAUAGAGUAUACUAGAGGUACUCAACGAGUAUCAAAGACUGGACUGUUAAUAGGAAGAAUGCCUAUAAUGUUGAAAUCCUCAAAUUGUGUUCUUAGUGGUAAAUCCGAAUAUGAAUUAGCUAAAAUGAAUGAAUGUCCACUGGAUCCCGGUGGUUAUUUUGUAGUUAAAGGUCAAGAAAAAGUUAUUCUCAUUCAAGAACAGUUAACUAAAAAUAGAAUGCUUGUUGAAGAAGGAAAAUAUGGUGUACAAUGUCAAGUUACUAGUUCUACUCACGAAAAAAAGUCAAGAACUAAUGUUUUCGUCAAAGGAAAUAAAUAUUUUAUGGGUCAUAAUACUUUUUCUGAUCCUAUUCUGAUUUCUGUGGUAUUUAAAGCUCUAAAUAUAAUAAAUGAUGAGGAGAUAUGUAAUUUAAUAGGAAUAAAAGAUGUUCAUAAGUUGAUUCCAACUUUAGAAGAAUGCCACAAUUUAAAAAUUUAUUCUCAAGAUUCUGCAUUAGCUUAUUUAGGAACAAAAUUAGUUGUUAAACGAUAUGUUACUGCUGCUUCCAAGUUGAAGACACCAGCAGAUGAAGCCAGAGAUUUAUUAGCAACUACAGUUCUUGCUCAUGUGCCUGUUAAGGAAUAUAACUUUAGAUUAAAAGCCAUUUAUUUAGGAAUUAUGGUCAAAAAGGUAAUUGAUGCUCAAAGUGAUAAUCUACUUUUAGACGAUAGGGACUACUAUGGAAAUAAGAGGUUAGAAUUAGCUGGUUCUCUUAUUUCUCUAAUGUUUGAAGAUGUUUUCAAAAGAUUCAACUGGGAAUUGAAAGCAAUUGCAGAAAAAACUAUUCCAAAAAUUAGAGCCACUCAGUUUGAUGUGGUAAAAUAUAUGAGAUCUGAUUUGAUAACAAGCUGUUUGGUAUUUGCUAUCUCAACAGGUAAUUGGACUAUAAAACGAUUCAGAAUGGAAAGAUUGGGUGUUACACAAGUUUUAUCAAGGCUUAGUUAUAUUUCAGCGUUAGGAAUGAUGACUAGGGUCAAUUCUCAAUUUGAAAAAACUAGGAAAGUAUCAGGACCGAGAUCUCUCCAACCAAGUCAGUGGGGAAUGUUAUGUCCUAGUGACACUCCUGAAGGAGAAGCUUGUGGUCUUGUCAAGAAUCUGGCCCUUAUGACACACAUAACUACUGAAAUCAAUGAACACCCCCUUAUUAAAUUGGCAAAAAGUGCAGGAGUAAGAUGUAUUAACAUGGUAGCUAGCUCUGGAAUUCACGCCCCUUCAUCGUACAUGGUUUUUCUCAAUGGUAAUAUAUUGGGAAUUACGACAAAUUAUAAAAGAUUAAUCAAAGUCUUUAGAAAGAGUCGUCGGUAUGGUUAUAUAUCUGGUUAUGUUUCCAUUUAUCCUAGUCAUUUACAUAAAUGUGUUUAUAUUAGUUCAGAUAGCGGAAGAUUAUGUAGACCCUACAUAAUAGUAAACGAAGGUCGUCCUCUAGUUAAUGAUAAACACAUCAUGGAAUUGGAAAAAGGCAUAAGGGGUUUUGAAGAUUUUUUGCAAAACGGACUCAUCGAGUUUUUGGACGUUAACGAAGAAAAUGACAGUUAUGUAGCUUGUUAUGAAAAAGAUAUUACAAUGCAAACCACGCAUUUAGAAAUAGCAGCUUUUACUUUACUUGGAGUUUGCGCCGGUUUAGUUCCGUAUCCACAUCAUAAUCAAUCCCCAAGAAACACGUACCAAUGUGCUAUGGGUAAACAAGCCAUGGGUACGAUUGGUUACAAUCAAAAAAACCGUAUGGAUACUCUUCUGUAUAAUCUCGUUUAUCCGCAAGCACCGAUGGUUACAACUAAAACUAUAGAACUAACAAACUUCGAUAAACUACCAGCAGGUCAAAACGCUACUAUAGCUGUAAUGAGUUACAGCGGUUAUGAUAUAGAAGACGCUUUAAUAUUAAAUAAAGCCUCUAUCGAUAGAGGUUUCGGUCGAUGUUUGGUUUAUAAAAAUGCAAAGUGUAUAUUGAAGAGGUAUCCCAAUCAAACUUUCGAUAGGAUUCAAGGACCCAUGUUGGAUUCUGUGACCGGACAGCCCAUGUGGAAACACACUGCUUUGGAUAAUGAUGGAAUUGUCGCUCCUGGGGAAUUGGUUAAAAAUAGACAGGUUCUUAUUAACAAAUCAGUUCCUACGAUAUCGACUGUACCAGGUAGUACCAAUACAUCUGUUGAAUAUAAAGAAAAUACUAUUACUUAUAGGAACGAGGAACCUAGUUAUAUAGAAAAAGUGGUGAUCACCACAAAUGAAGAUGAUGCUACACUUUUAAAGGUACUUUUAAGGCAAACUAGGAGGCCUGAGAUUGGUGAUAAAUUUAGUUCAAGACAUGGUCAAAAAGGCGUUGUUGGUUUAGUAGUUGAACAAGAAGAUAUGCCAUUCAAUGAAUACGGUAUAUGUCCUGAUAUUAUUAUGAAUCCACAUGGUUUUCCAUCUAGAAUGACUGUUGGAAAAUUGAUAGAAUUGUUGGCUGGAAAAGCGGGAUUAGUUGAAGGUAAAUUUCAUUACGGUACAGCUUUCGGUGGAUCAAAAGUAUCAGAUGUAAGUGAAGAAUUAGCCAAACACGGUUUUAACUAUCAAGGAAAAGAUAUUUUUUAUUCAGGUAUAACAGGUGAACCUCUCGAAGCAUAUAUAUACUCAGGUCCAGUUUAUUAUCAAAAAUUGAAGCAUAUGGUACAAGAUAAAAUACACGGCAGAGGAAGAGGUCCGAGAGCUGUGUUAACAAGACAACCAACUGAAGGUAGGAGUAGAGACGGAGGAUUAAGAUUGGGAGAAAUGGAACGAGAUUGUCUUAUUGGUUAUGGUGCUAGUAUGAUGUUGAUAGAACGUUUGAUGGUAUCCAGUGAUCAGUGCGAAGUUGAUGUGUGCAACAAAUGCGGCUUACUAGGAUAUUGCGGUUGGUGUAAUAGUUGCAAAAGCUCAGGACAAGUAUCCAGUAUAACAAUGCCUUAUGCUUGUAAAUUACUGUUGACAGAAUUACAAUCUAUGAACAUUACUGCCAGAUUGACUUUAACUCACUACUGCGAAUGAUGAAACCAAAACUUUGUCGGAUGUAAAUGAAAUAUUUUGUAAAAUCUAGUAAGACACCAGAAUACAUUGUUUUAAGAAGUGAUAUUCAUUUUAUUCUAUUUAUAUUAGUUGAAGUUUUUGUACCUAUUUAAUAAACGUUUAAAAUUUUUGUUUUUCGAUGGUUUAUUUCAAGUAAAUGUCAAUUUUAAAUAAAAACACAAUAAAAUUAUAGAAAAUUUA